CCUUUCUUCGCCUACCGAGACGGCAUCAUCGACAAUGGCAAUAGCGGCGGUGGCGUCGUUUCCGAUGCUGCUGGUGCAUACGCGGUCGUUCUGACUGCAGGCGACGAGAUCUCUGGUCCAAAUCCAGACAGCUUCCAGUACAGAUGUAGAGACAAGGAUCCAGGCCGCUAUCGGUUGACAGCGGGCACGCCAGAGUCGCGGCAUCCCGUACGAAUCCUCAGAAGCCAUUGUCUGCAGUCCUUGUGGAAGCCGAGAGCCGGGCUCAGAUACGAUGGCUUGUACGUACAGACAAGGAAUCAAUGCAGCCUAGAAGAAGCAUGUCGAGGCAUUUUUUGCAAUCCAAUCAUGCUGAGUGAGCUCGCAGGCAUAAAGUCACCGGCUGGACGAUCAAGCAUGACAACAGAACCAACCAGAUGCUCUACAUAGUCAAUUUCCAGCGUCUUCCAACCGAGCCGAGCAUGGAAAUCGUCCUGAAAAGACCUUGGUCGGACGAAGUCGAAGAUUAUACAGAGUACAAGCGCAUUCGAAAUCUUCAACGUGAGAAGCAGAAGGCAGCUCUGAAGCCUGUUUUGACGCUGGCAACGGAUGGCAUCAAUGAAGGCAAGUCAACGCCGAUUCCAGAGUUGUACGAUCCCGAGACUCCACAAGGCACGAUAUACAUGCUUGAGCACGAGGCCGCUGGCGAUUCGGGCCAAGAAUUCUAGCGUCCUGACUUGCGAUUUUCCAAUUUCUGAGCAAAGGACUCUCCUGCUUCAAGUCG